AUGGGGGCAAGAGCCAUGGCGGAGGAGGCUGAUGGCGAUGAGCUGCGGUGGCACUUCGCCAAACCCCCCUCCUCGAAAUCCGCAUGCUGCCAGCCUCCUCCCUCCUCGAGGGCCGCGCUGCCGCCUUCCCCUCCAAAUUCGGCGCACCCGAAGCCCCCUCCGCCACUUGGCGCUUCUCCACUGGCUGGCGCCGCCGAACCCACCGGCCUCAACCUCUAUGAGAGCGCCACGUGCCCAGCUCAGCGCCUCCACCGCUGCGGCCUGCCGAGCCCAGGCGCGGCCCGCCCAGGCCCGCGCGGCCACCCGACCGACGCUGUUCGUUCCUCGCGAGCCCGCGCCUCCUCCUGCUCGACCCCGAGUUGGAUCGGGGGAGCGCCGCCAUCACCCCUCCCGUCGGCUACCUCGGGCCCCGCCGCUGUUAUGCUCCUCGCCGACGUGCCGCCAUCUCCCCAGGCCAGGCAUCCGUCGUCCGCCUUGGUCGCCCCACUCACCGGAGCUCCCCACCGGCGCCGGAAACGGACGGAUCGAGUGGAUCCCAUCUGGAUCCACACCUCCGGGCACUCCUCCAUGCCUCACCGACGUCAAGCCACCGCCGCCGCCUUCCAUGGCUUCCUGCUCACCCAGGAGCACGAGGAGGAUGAUGACGUUCCUCCUAUCGCCCUAGGUGGGCCACGCACAGGCCAGUGCGCCUAAGCAGGCCUGCCUCCUCUUCUCCGUACGGGCCGAGGCCCAUGGGUGAGCUGCCUUCCCUGCGCCUGUUUCGGUUGGGCCAGCCAGAUCUGGUCCGUUAUGUUUUUUUCCUGUCCAGUGAUUUUAGUAAUUAUCCAGUUUCUGCCUGUUUUGCAGAAAAGACCCUCAUGUUCAUGCAUUUAAUAUCUCACAAACCAUGCAUCGAUUUAAAAUAAGUUAUAUAUGAAACUUGCGUGGAAUUUUGUGUAGAUUAAUAAUUUCCAACUUUCAUGCAUGUUUGAAAUGGUUAAAAUGUUGUUUGGUUAAAUUUGCUCCUAUGCCAUGUUAAAAAGAUUUA